CUGUAAACGGCAGGGUGGUACCAGCCAAAGGUCCUCUUCUACCUAUAGUCUCUCCUUAUUCACCAGAAGGCAUCUGUCCCGAAUGUUAUAGAGUGCACUGUCAGAGUGCUACACACGGAAAUGGGGCGGGUGACGAUCAUUUCCUUUCUUGUCCUAGUGACUUUAACUGCCAAAGCCCACAGUAAUUCGCCCCCAGAAAUCACGACAGAUGUUACCAUUGAUGUUCGUGAGGACACCCCUGUAGGUCAUCGUGCAUUUAUGAUUACUGCAACGGAUCCUGAAGGGGAACCACUGACAUACAGUUUUAAAUCUGUGUCAGCCUUUUUCCAGCCUAACCCGACGACAGGAGAGGUAACAGUCAGGUCUCCACUGGACAGAGAGGGGCAGGAAGUACACACGUUAAUGCUAGUAGUCAGUGAUGGUUAUUUCACAGAUGUGCAAAAACCAGUUACUGUAAUAUUAAAAGAUGCUAAUGACAACCAGCCUGUAUUCCAAGGGACACCAUAUAAUGCCAAAAUUCCAGAGAAUGCAGCCCUAGGGACCACUGUUUUAAGAGUGUCCGCAAAAGAUGCUGAUGAUGGAACUUCUGGAUAUGUGGGCUAUUAUAUGUCUGGGGUCACACCAAGUGAUGGAGCAGGUCUCUUUGAAAUCGAGGAAAGAACUGGGGCUAUCACACUGAUGGGAGGACUGAGCUUCACAGAGAAAAGCACUUUCUAUCAGUUAAAUGUCACUGCAAUGGAUGGUGGUGGGAUACUUGAAGGACAGCAUGUUAUUCAGUCAAGCUCAGUCUUCAUCUUUGUUAAUGUGGAGGAUGUCCCAGAUAUAGACCCUCUGUUCGUGAAUCUCCCCAGCACUGCCACUGUGGAGGAAAGAACUCCUGCGGGUAUAUCGGUCUUUAAAGUGCAAGCCAGAGACCCUGACACAGGCAUCAGCUCACCGAUAAAGUACAGCAUUACAAGUGAGAGAAUUAUCACUCAAUCAUUGCAUUGUCAUGAAUGACCUGUAAAAUGUUGUAUUGUUAAAGGAAGAGCUGUUGUAUUGCUGCAUAGCUGGGCUGGGCAAAAUGACCUAAAAUACAUUUUAUGAUUUACUUUAAUUUAAUUUAAUUUACAGAUUUACCUUGGUGAGAAUAAAUCCAAUAGAAGUUUUCUUGUAUUGGCAAGUUUCAAAAUACCACUUUGAUAUAUUUGGGAACAUAAGUGCCAGGCAAAUAUCCUAAUCUGUUUAAAGGACAUCAAUACUUAAAAUCAUUAUGCAUUUUUGUAAUGUAAUCACAACCUGACAUGCAUAAUUUGUCAUGAUAAAUUCAUUUAGGACAGUAUUUGAUCAGAAAUUACGGUAUCUGUUCAUUUUCGAAUAACUGCCCAGCCCUAGUAAGUGGGUGCCCACUACAGUAGGAUGCUCCCCUACGUUUUCCUCAGUCAUUCCCUCCUCUCUCAGGCGACUCUGCAACUGGCCUGUUCCAAAUCGAUAUGGAUAGUGGCGUCAUAUCUGUCCAAGCACCAUUUGAUCGGGAGCAGUAUUUGGAAUCAGAUGGAGUCAUCACUCUAGAAAUAAAGGCAGAGGAGUCCAUACUGAAUGUGCUUGGUGUCAAUGCAUUUGCAACCAGUGAAAUUCAGAUCACCAUCGGGGACGUAAACGACAAUAAACCAGAUUUUUACGAUUGCACUGAGGCCUGUGUUAUUCAGAACACGUUCAGUGGGAAUAUAGAUGAGCAUUCAGCUGUUGGACUCUCUGUGUUGGGCCUGAGCAUGGAGGUGAUGGAU